AUGAAGCCCGCAAAGCUGCACUAUUGGAUUCUGGGUUGGUUUUCUAUGGCAUUAUGUUGUUCGUGUACAUCAGAUAAAUUCACUCAAAGUGACAACCAUCCUCAUACCUGGAAGAAGCUGUAUCUUGCUCAUCAUUGGCCAGUGACUGUAUGUAAGAUGAGUGCUAAUGAUUGUCAAGACCCUCCAGAGUACUGGACAAUCCAUGGACUAUGGCCUGACAAAACAGAAGAGUGUAAUAGGACAUGGCAUUUCAACGUCACCGAGAUUAAGGAUCUUAUGUCAGACAUGAGACGCUAUUGGCCUGAUGUGCUUCACUCAUCUCUAAAUCGCACCCAGUUCUGGAAACAUGAGUGGGAAAAACAUGGCACUUGUGCAGCCACACUUCAGGUCCUUAAUUCUCAGAAGAAAUACUUUGGUAAAGCCUUAGAACUCUACCAGCACAUUGAUCUUAACAGUUGUCUCCUGAAAGCUGGGAUAAAGCCAAGCAGUUCAUAUUACCAGAUGACUGCCAUAAAGGAAGCUCUUACAAGAUUUUAUGGUGUAAUGCCAAAGAUCCAGUGUCUUCCUCCAGAAGAGGGUGAAAAAGCACAAACGAUUGGUCAGAUAGAAUUCUGCUUCACCAAAGAACUGCAGCUGAGAAACUGCACAGCGCUGAAGGGUGAAUCCGACCCACUGCAGGCUCACUUGAAGCUUGGAACUGAGGAGUUGUCUGUCUGCAGUGAUACUCUCCCAACCUAUUAUCCUUCACAGGUCCAAGAUCACAAAUGA